AUGAAUAGAGCAGCUACUGUGAAUUGUGCCUGCAUCUUUACGUUUGAAUCACAAAUAAAUAUGGUACCGAACAGCAUGUAGCUUUGCACUUACGAUAUGUCUGUCAUAAAUUCGGCCUACAUUAUCAAAAUGUCAUUUGUCAAAAAUUUAAUUUGUCGAAAGUGAAGAACGAAUCGAUUAUAAUAUAUUUUAACAGAAAUGACAUCCUUAAGCAACGUAUUGAAAGCCAUAGAGGCUUUAAAAACAACUCAAGAAUCGAACGUUCUUCCGUCAGAUUCGAGUGCAAGGAAAGAUAAGAUAGCAUGUUGCAUGACCAUAGCAGAAGGAAUAUGUUCACCAAGUGUCAAAUUGGCAGCCAAAUUUCCUCAGGUUCUUAGUCUUUCAAUUGAAACAUUAUUAACACUGUGCAAUGAUGAUGAAUCUGAUGUCAGAAUGAUAGCAGAUGAAACUUUGAAUAAGAUCAUACGGGCCAUGACUGAUAGUAAUAUUGUCAAAGUGCAAAUAGAACUUUACAAUGAAAUUAAAAAGAAUGGACCAGCUAGGACAUUAAGAGCCGCUCUUUGGAGAUUUGGGCUUCUUAGUCAUAUGAUUCGUCCAACUAGAGGAAAGGCAUAUGUAUCCAAUCUAAUACCGUGUAUAGUAGCUAUUGCUCAUCGUUCUGAGGAAGCUGUAAUUGAAACAUUAUCUCAAUCAAUACCUUUAAUUAUGAAAGCUCUGGGGCCAUUUAUGACAGACAACGAUGUUAAGACUUUAUUGAAAGCAUUCUUUGAAAAUGUAUCUUCAGUACAAGCAGUAUUUCGUAGGGCCGCUGCAAAUAUGAUUCUAGCGACGUGUUUAAAUUGCAGGAAGCCGCAAUAUUUUUUAAAUUAUGUAUUAAAAUAUCUCUUAGGUAUUAUAGUGCCUAUAAAUGAGGAUGGGGGUGGUGUAGCUACUAUUAUUGGCAUAUUUGGCUGUAUAAAAAUAAUUUUACCACACGUAUGUAAUCCUAUAGAGCUUCAAGACGAUGAAAUCGUACAGAUAGAUAGCUUGUUACAAAUCUAUGAGCUAUGUUUGCAUUAUGCAAAAUGGCAUUCUGAUCAUAACGUUGUAAACGCUGCUUUGGAAACCUUAAUUCAACUCUUAAAGUCACCUUCAAAAUCAUUAGUAUCUUCAUUAUUAUCAAAUCAAGGUAUAACAUCCACUAGAAUAGUAUUGAAUCAAAACGAUACAAUGUUAUCCCUAAGUCAAAUGAGUAGUUCGAGUACUACUACAGCUUGUGGACAACAUUCGGAAUCUGCUUUAAAUUUACUUGACUCUGAUAUGCCAGAAAUAAAUCCAAAGAUAGAAAAAUGGAUGUUAGAUUCUGACACUGCCCCCGCACUAGCACAGAACUUGCAAACUCAGAAGGAAUAUACGAACGAUAUCAUAGAGAUGAAAGGAAAGGAAAUGGAAAAUUACAGUGGCUUGAAGAUUGGUCUUAUCGACAAUGGCACUAUCGAGGAAGGCAGCGAGGUCGGAAGUGAACUAGAAAAAUCAGAGAAAGUUUAUCCAGUUUCACAGAGCGAAACGAAAGAACUAGAUUUCUCGGAGGACAUUGCAUCGUCUAUUUCCUCUCCUAAGAAGCUCUCUUUGGAUUUCUCGUUGCGAGAAAUAGAUAUUGGAACUUUCACCGAUCCCGACAUACCCCUAAAAUUUUGCAGUCGUUAUUUGGUGUCGUCAUUUCUGUUAACCGGCAACGUUGGCCACGUGAUGCCAGAUAAAUACUUUCGCGUUAGUGUAAAAUCACUUGCUCUAAACUGCCUUGCUUAUAUCUUAAAACUUUGCCCGAAUCUGUUCUUAAUGCCUGUUGCCAAAGAAUCGAGUAAUUCCAUCGAGAACGAACAAACGAUAACAGAUAUCUUAUUGUUUGCAAAUCAUCCAGAUCCUCAAAUUAGGGGUAAUAUAUCAAUGAUUAUUGGCACUUUCUUAAAAUCCGUGUUCACGCAAUACGGCGGAUCGUUUAAAAGCUUCGAGGCAGAAAUCGCGAAAACGAAAAGCUACGGGAGCGUGUCGUUAGAGAAUUUGGUGAAGUUACUCCUAGAGGGAUUAGAGGAUGAUUCUGCCACGACAUGUCGACAAACACUAAUGGCGCUUAGUUUAUGUCUGCCGGAAUUGUUAGAAUCCGUCGACAAUCAUUAUGGAGUUACCGUGUUAACUACGUUACCUCAACUAGUAAAGAAUCCAUAUUUUCUGGUCAAAGUUAAAUUAGUAGAACUGUUGAGUGAGAUAUCGUAUGUUACUAUAGCGCAUAUAACUGGUGGAUCGAUGUUCCAGGAACACUUUAUAAAUGUUAUCAUAACGUUGUUAGGUGAUCAGGACCAGAGAAUUAGACACGCGGCAUCUGAUGCCAUCGUGAAGUGUAUCCCGUUAUUAUACUUUCAACAGCCGCAAGAGGAUGUUGUUACAAGAAAAGCUGUGCAGUACACUGAACAGCUGUUAAGCACCGUAAGCGGAAGCAGCUUAGAACUGUCAUCCUGUCAAGAGAAACAAAAGUUGUUCGUCAAGACAGCGAUACAGCCGUUCGCAUCGUUAAAUUUUCGUAACGGAACGCACUAUCAUCCGAAUAUAGAAUAUUCCCUGUCCAUUAUAGUGAAUAUGUUAGCAGAAAUUCUCGGAGUCCAGUCGUCUAAGUAUUUAGUCUACGGUUGUUGCGAGGCUUUGUUCUCUUUAAGUGACGUAUACACGACAACAGUCUACAUCAGAGGAUGGGACUGCAUUUUGCCAAAGACAUUGCUGAAGAAGUCUCACAAGAAGAAUGGCAGCCGACUGGACAUCAGCGAGCCAAGCAUAACCAGCGACAUGAUGCCGUCUUCUGUCAGCAAUGGUCUAUUGUCCCUAGCUCUGCCUUUGCUCUCGUCUUCCCCCAUAAGUCUGGACUUGUCCACGCAUAGACACUUGAUUCUGUUGGCUGGCAAUUUGGCAUCGGGCCUGGCUUUUUGCAACUUCAAACCGCACGAUUCGUCCAAGACUACCGGUACAUUCAAGGACAAGCAACUCGAAUUGCUACUAACGCACGUUACUAGGGUAUUAAACAUAUACGUUCACAUCAUCGACGAAGUGCAGCUGUCGCAGACAAGUGCCAAGACCACGUUGACCACUUUAACGUCCACGCAAACAUUGUCGCCCAAGAAGAAAGUACUCGGCGAUCAAAAGACCAAGGAGAAGGGAGAGCGAUUCGGUAGCUUGAAAUUCGGCAAAGAUCAGAUGGGUGCCUUUACGUCGGUGCCCCAUUACAUGAAAAUGUACCAGAACCUGAAGGCAGCGCACUUAAAUUACUUGGCCACGCUGGAAUCCGAUGCCAGCGAAAUGUACCUAUCUCUGCUGAACGCGGUGUUGGAUGUUCUCUCUCAGAUUCUCGAGAUAGUAUCGUUCAACGAGGCUGCCCAGAUCACGGAGGAGAUUCUGUACUAUCUGCAGAGCACCGUCGUUCUUUCGCCAACCGCGACCAUCCAGUGCGUGCAGCAGUUGCUGAAAUGUUUGUGCAGCACUAACGUGCACGCGCAAUGGAGCGAGUCGGAGGGACAGAGGAACAUGGACCGAAUCGCGAUACUAAGGGACGAUAGCAAAGGAUUUUACAAUCACUGCUUUCAAAAUCCUGCGAGCCGAAUGGCGGACACGAUCAAAUCUAUGGGGAACAAUUGCAGGGGUGAACACGAGCUAGACACAGGGUGGGUAGGACUGCUACGCAGAGAGGGAGACAGGAAAUUCUCGUCGAUCUUCAAGAAUUUAUCUCGUGCCACCGACCAAAAGACUUCCAUAGCCUCCUUCAUUCGGCUGUUCGAGCCGAUGGUGAUAAAGUCUCUGAAGCAGUACACCGUAACGAGUAGCGUUCCACUACAGUGCCAAGUGUUGAUGCUGCUCAGUCAGCUCGUACAGCUGAGGGUCAAUUACUGUCUGUUGGAUUCUGAGAGAAUAUUCAUUGGAUUCGUCUUGAAGCAGUUCGAGUUCGUCGAAGAGGGCCACGUACAGCAGACCGAGAAAUUGCUGCCAAAGAUAUUCAACUUCCUGGUACAUCUGUCGUACGAGAAGAACCACUCGAAAACCAUAAUCGGUGUGCCGAAGAUCAUCCAACUUUGCGACGGUUUGAUGGCGAGCGGUCAACCGGCUCUCACGCAUUGCAUACCAGCUCUCGCGCCAGUCGUCGAGGACGUGUUCUUGUGUCGAAACGGGUGCUCUAACCCGGUUGAGCAGAGAGAACUCGAGACCACCAGGGAAGUGUUGAUUUCGAUGCUGUUGCGUUUGGCAGAGUAUUACCAGAUCAUCGAGCUGCUGGCGUUAUGCCUGACGGAGUCCAGGUUCAGCGGUGACGGAAACGGCGAAGAAAAGUGGAGAAGAUGGUCCAGACAAACUAUGGACACUGUGCUGCCAAUGUUGACCGCUGGAAGGGUGCGGGUAGAGUCUGAGCAGGCUCACAUCGCUUUGGUGAAACUCUUCGCCGCGAUUUCGCCGACAGUGUUCAGGCCAGUCGAUCCCUUGUUGAAGGUGCUCUUGGUAGCACCCGAGGACGCGUUGGAUUCGUCCAGUUUGAAGCUGAAGCGAUGGCUAGGAAUGAUCAACGUAGUUCUGUUGUCGUUGAUCUCGUGCGCGAAAGAGGAAGCAAUGCUGGCCCGGUUGUCCGACUUGAGCUCCAACAUGACGGACCUCUCGCAGUCCUUCCUUCUCCCAGAAUCCCGGUGCAGGACGAUGGAUCCUUUACACGUCUUGGGGGUCCAGCCCGUUGAAGUUCCACCGGAGAGAAUUUUAGCCAGAUUCAUCUUCAAGGUGAUCAGUUGGGUUGCGUCGAAAGUAUACAGGUUCCUUGGUCUUAUCGAUCACAGGGCUAGCGAUCCUUUCGUCAGCUUCGCUGAUUCUUUGGAGAACAAUCGCUACCUGCUGCAGCAGUUCGCGUUCUUUCUGCAGCUGUGCAUUCACAUGUUCGAGUCCGGCAGUCAUUGCAAGGUUGCGAAUGCGACCAUGCAAAUGAUUCAAGGCCGUAACAUACCCGAGGAAGAGAAGUUACCGAUAGCUGAUUUGAAUUAUCUGAUGUUGAGCAUCGGGGCCAGGUACCCAACACUCACGUGCCAGUGGGUCUAUCUGCUGACCCUGUUAGGGUACAACGAAAUGCCUUUCUGGUCGAAAGUGUUGGGUACUAGUCGCUCAGAGUACGUCGUGCACUCGCCUGUCAUUGAAGGGAAGAACACCGACGAUCGUCCUAGCAACAUCAACAUUCAGAUCAUUAGGAAAGGCGGUAACAUACUUUUCUGCGACUACGUGUGCGAGAACCUGAACGAUGCCGAACCGCUGACGUGGUUACUGGUAAAUCACACUGAAGAGACGGUGAACAACGCUAUUGAGAGUCCAGUUAGGGAUCUGUUAACGGUAGCUAUACACAGAAACCCGGCAGCCAGCGGUUUGUUCGUUCAGGCAAUCGCGACCAAGUGCACGGAUCUGUCGCAGCCGAGCUUCGUCAAGCGUUUACUGCAAUGUCUGGAAGGCGCGCAUCAUUCGCAAAGUGGAGCAGUGUUGAUGACUUUAAUUCCGAGGCUGUUGUCCACUAAAUAUCUCGCGUUGUCCAGAAUGGCAGCUAAGAUAGCAAGUCGAAGAGUGGAGAUUUUGCUGACCAGCACAGCAGCGGAUGUCACGAAGCAAUUGACCAAGGAGGAUUUCAUCAAGAUCAUGGACACUUUGCAGGCAACCAAGCUGGCGAAGAAGCACGGGCCUCUUGUCAGCUUGUUGAACAAACUCGGUGUACAAUAUUACGAUCUGUCUCCAUUGGAAUUGGACCAGUGCAGGCCGUUCAAUCCAUCCACAGUGAAGAACAUCCAAUUAGACCGAGGUUGGUUUCUGUCACAAGUGAAACUACGAUGCUGCAACUCAUACGCAGGUUACAGUCCGUCCGAGGCAGCGCAACUGCUCAAAGAUCUAGAUUUCGACGACUGUCUCGAUAUUCUCUCUUGUAAGAAGUUCAACAUCACCAUCUUGAAACCGUGCAUAAUAUUGGGAGCUCGGGCGACCGUCGAAAAGUGUCAAAGAUUCGAGUUAGACACAGCACGCGACCAUAAGGACUACGAUUUCGAGACAAGUCCGUUGUACAGAGCUGCGAGACAGAAUCUGCUGGAACACGUCCGUCGUGUCACUGAGCUGAUGCCGAAGCCCCAUCAGAUCUACAAUCCUCGUCAACCAAAUACGAACUCCAGAGAGAUCAAGUACGCCAUUCGAUUAGACGAACUGCUGGAUGAUCCAGUUUAUUGGGACAUCUUGUUCAAACUGAUCCCAGCCGUGAAGACGUACAUGAAGACGUUGCCAAAGUUGGCCAAGUAUAAUCUGGCGAAGACCGACGUGAAAUCCGAGGAGGAUCUAGCCAAGUUUUCGGUUCUCUGUUUGGAGUUGACGCAUUGGAUGAUCCGCAAGGACGAAAAGAAAUCGAAGAAGCUGAGGCCCAGGGACGUGGAGCUUUCGCUAAGCUGCGCCUCGGAGAUCUUGAAACAGCCUGGCCCAAGUAAAAUAAUCGGAGACAGUGCGAAAUACUCUUGGGUCUGUACCGCUGCCGCUUCCUUGACGGGAACCGUUGAGUAUCUGUUAACGACAAUCGACUCUUUGCCAGUUAUAGAUGCUCGGGCUUUACAGCCGGCCCUCGAGGACGACGACACCAAAGAGUUCGCUCACGCCUGCGUCCGAAUGGCGGCUCUGGUCGCUUGGCUGGAACAAUGUCAGAAGGAUGGAUCGUCGAAGAAUGUUCCGCAGUAUUUAUUCGAUACGAUAGAGGACUUGAUCGUAAGUGUCAGUCGUCAGCCACUGGUCAACUCUUACAUCUUAAUGCCGCCGUUAGUUUGGAAGCAAAACUUGGAUGUGGUUGGCACCGGUUCAACGAACUGCUACUUUCCUUUGCUGUCUUCCGAGUCGAAUCUUCUGCUGGAGCUGGAGAUUCUCGAGCAGUUUAUUUAUAGAAUCAAUCUACUAGGUUGGAUCUCCCGCCUGCAGUUCGAGGAAAUCUGGAUGGCUCUUCUGGGCGUGUUGAAUCUCUCGCAGAACGAGACUGUGGUUUCCGACGAGAUCCCCACGUUGAUACAAGCGAGCAGCUUGGCUGUGCAAGCGAUCACCAGAUUAUUGUUGCAGACGUUGUACCUCCCUUAUCCGGGGAAUCCGAAGGCCAGCACUCUGAUACAUCAUCCGAGGGAUCCUCAGCUAGCCGUGCACAAGAUCAGCUCGCAGAAGCUCUUUGCGAUUCAAGACAUGCUCGCAUGGAAGUACGAGUGCAUGAACGACUUGGAGAUUAUCGGUGGUUUAAGGAUGGACCACGUUUUUAAUCGAGGGAACGUCGAAAGGGCUGCCAAUUCGGAUAAAUACUCCUACAGCCAGUUGUCGGUGUCCUACCUGUGGUCUUUGUGCAACUUGUACGAGGAUAAGCUGAACGCUUCUGUUCUGAACUUGAAGAAUAGAAGGAACGACGCGUUGAUGUCUUCGUCCCUCGACCUAGACUCUUGUCUGCGUUUCCUGGUGGAGUUGUACACGUCUUGGACGUCUCCGCAAUUCAAUACUCCCGUGCAGUUGCUCACGGAGACUGUGAAAUCCAUCCUAGCUAUAUCGGAGUUGUUCGUGGAGAGGGGUCAGUACCAAUGGAUGCUGGACACGUGCGUGGAGAUCUUCAAAGUUCAUCCCAUGGAGAACGUGAUUCUCCAUCAGUACUUGAUCGUGUGUGUCUGCAAGGCUGCUGCUGUUUUGACACCGCUGGAUUUUGAAACAUUAGAUAAAGUGAAGCGUUUGGUAGACGUUAAUUUAAAGUCUGGUUUCCUGCCUGCCAGGGUGGCUGCUCUUCACGGUUCUUUGUAUUUGCUGCAAAGCGCUGUGUUGACCAACUGCGAGGAAACGAUGAACAUUAUACACCCCUUAGCGAUAGAGUACAUACAGAAGCAUUUAGACGCGCAGGACUCGAAUAGUGUGUUGAGUCAAAGCGAAGAGCAUCAGGGCGUGAUGUGGGCUCUAGUAUUCUUCCUGCUGGAACACGCAGAGGACACGCCACCGGACGCGGAAGCUCCAGCCGUUCUCGAGUUGGUCCUCACUUUGUUGACUUCUCAGAAUAUUUCGUCCAGCUUGCAUCAAACUCUUCUACAGGGUUUGGAGCGACUGGUGAUCACCAAAAGCGUGAUAGGAAAGGUAGCGGAACAAAUAGUUAAAGUCGCGAUAGACCGAUUGAGGCAGCCCAGUCCUAUGCUGUCAUUGCCGGCCCUGCAGCUGUUGCUGACCUGCAUGUACACGGAAGCAGCGGACAGGCUGAACCAACCGGAAAUAGAGGAGCCGUUGCCGGACGUGGAGCCGGAAGCUCUGGUCCGAUCCAUAGAGCGCACCUCCGCGAUUUUCGACAAGAUCAGGAGAGGACACACCAUGGAAGUGGAGAUUCUCUGCGCAGUCCUGUCAGCUGUUCUCGGUGACUUCUUUCCGCCAUCCGAGAUCCUGACGAAAGUUAUAGGGGAAUUUCUGUCGCCGCAACAACCUCACCCGAGAUUACUUUCUGCCGUAGUAUUUAAAGUCUGCGAGAGGGCGUGCACCUGCGCUCAAAUGGAACUGCUCCAGGACUGGGUAGUGUUCAGUUUGCCAAACUUCAUUCAGAGCUUGCCAGUGACGAUGUCGACUUGGUGCUUGUCCUGUUUCUUCAUUAGCUCGUCCACGAACCAUUGGCUGAGAGCCAUAUUCCCGUAUGUCCAAUCGAGGAUCGGGAAAUACGAAUACGAGGAUAAGAAGAUACUGUGUAUCGCUGCUUCGGAUUUUUAUCACAAGUUGACUAAGGACACUCAGAAGAAAGCAUUCGUGGAAACAUUCGAGGCAGCGGCGAAGGAGCCGGGAGCUCCUUUCGGUGAUAUUUUAGCGUCGUUUUAGCUAGUCUUGUUAAUUGUCUCGAUGCACGAGAGCUCUAAAUCAAAACGGAAGAUGUUCACAGGAGACAAUGGACGGUUCACUCUCCUUGUAAAUUGGUGUACAAUCAAUAGUGCGGUCGCGACGUGUCGCAUGUGUACAGUUGUAUGUAUGUGAUGAUAUUUAUUUUACAUCGUGUUCUCUGUCGGGAAGAAACAACUUGUUUUAAAA